ACGACUGACUCAGUUCCGAGAUUGGGUAUAUAUUAGUGUCUUAUCCAUGGGUUGGGAAAGUUUAUAAGCUUGGAAGGACGUUGGAAUUGCUGUUAUGCCUGGGAUUACUGGAUUGAGCAAUAUGAAUACUACAAUUGGAAUUGAUAGGGUGCAGACAGUCGUCGAGCGACUUGUUGCGGUCGUGAGAGCGAAUGCUGUUGUCUCCGGCGUUGCUGUUGCUGCUGUUUUGGGCACUGCUUGGAUGAUUCACGACUACAAAGAAUGGAGAGCCCUCGGGACCGGCGGGACGCCGCCUAAUGUCUUUGGCUACUGUCGAAUGACUAUAUCUCGCAUCGUGUUCGCUUACCAUAUACCGCGCCAGACCGACCCUAACACCCUGAGCAAUAAUGGACCUUCAUACAUCAAAGCAUCCAUCCCACUACGAUCCGGCGGACGUCCAAAAAUCAUGCCACGCAUUCUCCCUCAACGACAAGUCCCCGAGCCCAUUGACCCUUUGGUUAAAGAAAAACUCAUGUCACUCAUGCGCCGUUUAGCCAGUAAACAUCCCGACAUCCUUGAAACAAGACCUUCGCAUACCGAAGGCGGGACUGCCGAUGGAUUAUACGCGCGCAAAGACAACGGCAAAAUAAAUCCCAUUGUUGUCUCGGAUCGUGCUCUGGAUUAUGAGAUUGCUCAUGCACAUCCCAGAGAUAAUAGUUUACAUCUGUGGUUAAGUGAAGCCGAUGCGAGAAAAGUGAUUGAGGCGCGUUGGGGCCAGAGGUUUUGUGUGCCGACGGUGCAGAAAGGGUGGACGAUGGUUUACGCGCCGAGGAAUGAGGAGGAGUUGGAGUUGAUUGAGGAGUUUGUCAAGGCGGGUGUGAGAUGGGUUACCGGUGUUGCUAUUUGAAGACCUAGUUCUGGUUGAUGUUGUUUGCUUUUGUUAGUUAGCAUUGUCUAUCUC